GAUUGACCUCCUCUCCAAGAAAAGAAAAUGCAGAGAAGACUCACCACUCGGCAGGCCUUGGAAAUGAUCCUGAGUGAAGUAAACCCUUGUGACUCAGAUGGAGAAGACAUAGAACUUCAGCCGGAUUCGGACUCAGAUCUGUCUGAUCUGUCUUCAGAUGAGGAGACUGCUCCUCAACCAAAAAAGAGAGCCCGUUUGGGGACUGACCUGACAGAGACAGCGAAAGAUGGCACAGUGUGGCGUGAAGAACAGGUGGGGACGCGUCUCCCUUUCACCCCAAUCAAAGCGUACGCUGCAGAUGGAGAGCCAACGGCUAAGGCCAGGAAAAGUAUCUCGAGUCGCCUUCAGAGCUUCCUGUGUUUCAUCACUCUUGACAUGCUUCAUAGCAUUCAAGAAUGGACUAUUCAACAUGCACAGGAAACGGAGCAUGUUCAUUGGUUCAUGGCCCUCCCUGAACUAAUGGCAUUUAUUGCAAUUUUCAUCUUGCGGGGGCUUACCAAGGUUCCAUCACUACGUGACUGCUGGUCAGCAAACCUGGGAAACCCACAUAUCAUUGGAACAAUGCCGCGAAACCACUUCCAAGACAUCAUGCGACACCUACACUUUGAUGACAGGUCCACCCGGAGUGAUCGAGCAAAGACUGAUAAGUUUGCUGCAAUUUCCAGUGUGUGGGGAUCAUUUGUCACCAAUUGCAUCACGUCCUACAACCCUUGUCUACAUAUCUGACGGCGUAUGCGCCAAAACGGAAGAAGACCGUCUACAUUCUUAGCAGCAUGCACAGCGUGAUUCAGACUGAUAAUACCACCAAAGGGAAGCCAAACACUGUCACCCUUUACAACACCACAAAGUGCGGCGUGGAUGUGAUGGACCAGAUGGUGCGGGAGUACACUGUCCGCACAGGGACACGGCGCUGGCCAGUUGCCGUGUUCUAUAACAUGAUUGACAUGGCAGCACUGAAUGCACAUGUGCUGUAUCAAGCAUGCACCGGAAGGCAGGAAAGACGGGUGGACUUCCUGGUGGAGCUUGCAAGAGAGUUGGCUAACUCUCAUAUGUGUGCGAAGAAGGCAAGAAAAGAACAAUUGGUUCGGACACAACCCUCCACACCUAGCCCUGGAAAAAGAGCCAUGUGUCAGGUCAAAAACCAAUGCAAGAACAAUCAUGCCACUGUGCGAUGUGUUCACUGCUACAGAUACACAUGUGGUAAAUGCAUACGGGAGAUACCAUGGCAGUGCCAGGAUUGUGAGUGAUUGCUGGAAUGUACUCACUCACUUUUUAAUAUUAUUUGUAAAUAUGUGUACAAGUGGUUGGUUUCUUUAUUUUAUUUUGUACUAUUUUUAUCAAUAAAUCUCAGCAACAAAGGAAAAAAAAACAUGUGUGUUGAUUUCUCCCUAAGAUGGCAAAGUGAAACACAAGUUUCCUUGAAGUGGCUCAGCAUGGCCCCACAUUGUUUACAUAACAAAAGCAAUUG